UAUACUUUCCGUCGGUGAUUUCUUCGGCUGGCGCUCAACCACGCAGUUGCUUAGUUACCGCGGAUGGGGCGGAAAUCAAAUGGACUGCUGAAAUAAAAUUGAUCCCCGGAAUAAAAUAACGUUAAUUGAAAAUACGUGAUGGAUGAAGAUGUGGGGGUGAACAUAAUAAUUGCUCAAGUUUGCCAGCGACUAAAGGGCAGUCAUUUACAUUCUCACCUGGAAAAACAGGCCAAAGAAUGUUUACACAGACCAGAGAUUAAGCUCGAGUGUAUCAAAGAUGACGUACGGAGUUUUCUAAAGGAAACUGGAUGGGAGAGAAAGCUGCAGAAUGCAGUCUAUCGGGAGCUGCACACUCUGCCCCCUCCCAGCCAUACUGUUGCCCCUCCUGAGCACACAAAGGAGCCUUUGUCUUACAUGCGCAAAGCCCAGGCAUGCUGGGAAAAGCGGAUACUAAAAAGCUUAAACAGCAUGUGCACAGAGCUUGGGGUCCCAUUAGCUCGCAAGAGGCCAGUUCGUGAGCAGAAGGAUCUGGUCCACAAGUGGACUGAGAUGGGAACCAAUGAGCCAGACCUCAGCAAUUUCCGGCCUGUUUAUGCCCCUAAGGACUUCUUAGAGAUGCUGAUCAGUUUGCGAAACGCCAACCAUGACAGCAGUGAUGAGGCCAGUUGCAAAUCUCAUUGGGGCCUGAUUCAAGUGCCCCUUAAUGUCAAGAAUAUCCCUGAGAUGAGAAAAGUCUUUGUAGAACUAGGUCUGGGAACAAGUCAGCUUGGCAUAGAUGACAACAUCCAUAUCACACCAGAUCUGUUUGAAAAUGAGCAUGUUCGCCUGGGGAAGCGAGUGGUGAGCGAGCAGGACAGUGCAGCUGCACAGCAAUACAGUCGACAAGGUUGUCCCACUGGCCUUCGAGCUACCCUCUGGGCCCUCAUUCUCAACUGCGGCAAUGACCUUGAGGAUGUGAUGCGUUAUGAGCAGUUGAAAUCUGGAGUCAUCCAUCAUGAUUUACUUGUUGACAGCUUGAUCUACAAGGAUGUGAAACUCACAGCCAGUAAUGAUGACUACUACUUUGUGUUUGAAGAUUACCUGUAUCAGAUCUUGCUGUGUUUUUCACGGGAUACAACAGUUCUGGAGCAUUUCAUCUACAACAGUGCCACACCUCCUAAGUCCUCCGUCCAGGGCAAGCAGGGAACUGAGGAAUAUGCUCUGGUUUACCCACCCAAUGGUGUCAUUCCCUUUCAUGGCUUCUCUAUGUAUGUGGCCCCCCUCUGCUUCCUGUAUAAUGAACCCUCCCAGCUAUACAGAAUUUUCAGGGAGAUGUAUGUGCGCUACUUCUUCAGGCUGCACUCCAUCUCCUCCUCUCCCUCAGGCAUUGUGUCACUGUGUCUCCAGUUUGAGAAGCUACUGCAAAUCCACCUGCCCCAGCUUUUCUAUCACCUGCGUGAGAUGGGAGCUCAGCCGUUACGUAUUGCCUUCAAAUGGAUGGUCCGUGCAUUUUCAGGCUACCUUGCCACUGACCAGCUCCUCCUGCUCUGGGACCGGAUACUGGGGUAUGAUUCAUUGGAGAUAGUUGCUGUGCUAGCUGCGGCAGUGUUUGCCUUCCGGGCUGAAAACCUGAUGGAGGUGACGUCAUUGGCUGCGGCUGAGGCAGUCCUUGCCGACCUUUCAACUUUGAAGGUCAUGCCCCUACUCCAGAUCUUCCUGUUCGCCACAGUCAUUUGAGGAUCACAGCAAGCUUGUGACUGCCAACCAACCAGUGCAGGUGAUUGGCUCCAGUGCUAUCAUCGAGUAUGAAAUAUAAUUUACUUUGUCCUUCUCUUUAUGUACAAUAUUUAUAUUCAUAUUAUAAUAAAGUAUAUGUAUGUGGUAUUUUGUACAAAAGAUGUAUAUGUAUAUUAUGGUAUGGUUAUUAUUGUGAUUCAUACGUUAAAUAGUGAAAGAAGACACAGGAAAUAUUGCCAGGAAGUGUGGCACCAGAGUGGAAACUGCAGCAGAAUGGCCAUGUGGCUGUGCGACUGGACUCUUAUUCAAGGGUGUUGGAGGGGCAUAGAUUUAGCCCAGCAUUUUAUCGGGGCCCCUGCAUAUGAAAAUUUACUACAUAAUUGGUAAAUUCUACCGUGGGUGAUCUAUAUUUCUUCAGAUUGAUUGUGGCAACCCUAGCAGGAAACACAAGAUGUUAAGCUGUGCCCCUGCUCAUACAUGUCAAAUUCUGAGAGGUUUGCCACUACUCAGACCAUACAUUUGUGUGAGGCCCCUGAAACCAAAGGCCAAAAACAAUCACUACACUGGGAGGUGGGUGAGGCAGCAAAGUCACUCCUGGUCGGACCUGCCCACCAUUUGUUUUGUAAAUGAGGAGCAGCUCUCUGUACUGAAGCUCAUCAUGGAUGUUAAGUACCGUAGAUUUUGUUCCUGGGAGGAUCUGUUUGUAGGUUUUUACUUGUUUUUACCCAAUGUUUUUCUGAUUUUGAAGCAUUAAAAUCACAAACAUGUUAUUUACUGUUACAUGUUGAAAGACGUGAAAAGAAUGAAUUGGAGCAGACACUGAGACAGCAGUGGUACUGCCUUCUCUACCCUCUCUCCUGGGUUCAGAUGCUUUUCCAUUCACAGUAAUGUAAUUAUUGGUACCUGUUUCUGUGCUAAUUAACAUGCAUUUAAUUGAUGUGGAAACACUGUAUGAGUCUAGUGGGUAAUCAUAGCUAUUAUUUAUACAAUGAACUCAAUCUGCUGUAAGGCCUCUGAACUCUGGUAUUAGUAUAUUUAUUGUCAUAUUGAUGCUUUUGUUUGCUCUGAUAACACAUGAUAACACAACUUUACUGCUUAGCACUGUUGACUCACUCCUCUGGGACCAAGGUUUGAGACUCCACCAUAGUUCCAUGUGUGUGGAGUUUGCAUGUUCUCCCAGUAUCGUCGUGGGGUGUCCUACGGUUUCCCCCCACGGUCAGAAAACAGACCGAAGUUAAUUGGAGUUACCAAAUUGCCUGUAGGUGUGCAUGUGUGAGUGACUGGUAUGUGAGUGGGCCUUGCGAUGGGUUGGCACCCCAUCCUGGGUUGUUCCCUGCCUUGCACAUGUAACCUCUGAGACAGACUCUAGACCCCCCAUGACCCUGAAUUGGAUAAGCAAUUACAGAAAAUGCAUGGAUUUUGGAGUAAAAUGUACAACAGCAAACUUCUACUGGGAAUUGGCAAUACUUGAACAAAUCCAGUUUCUUUAGCUAUUGUGCCUUACCAGGUAACUGUAGCUUCAAAGGACAGAAGAGUACAUGUUAUUUAUUACUUUUAUUAUAUAAUAAAAUUACUGUUUUUUUCUUAUAAAUGGUUAUGUCCUUUUACAUGCUGUUUUAGUUGAAAUGCUAUAGUGUCUGAGACAAGUUAUGUUUUAUGGACAGCUGUCUUUGUUGUAUAGUGAGUGCGCUUCAGUCAAAAUUACUGACAUUUAGUAGUAGGUCAUGUCAAGAGGACUUUUUGCUGUGGAGAAAGAAUUUCCAAAAUUGCUUCUCCAGUAUACCAUCCAUCCAUUCUAUAGGUGAUAAACUGGAACUGGAUCAAAUUUUGAGAUAAAUUGCCCAAAAACAAGCAGCAAUGCUAUGUGUCAGCAAAGGAAGGAAAUGACAGCUGUAAAAGAUGCAUGGUAAUGUGAAAACAGUAACUCUAUAAAUAUUUCACUGAUCUUUUUCACAUUUUGCAGGCACACUGCAAAUUUUGAGACUGAUGAGGUAACUGAAGGCCAAUUUAUACUCCACUUUUCUGCAAGCGCUUUCAUGCACUUUCAGGCUGCAGAUGGUCAUGUUUGCGGGAGAUUGUGUUUCUUUCUACAUUUGGCUGUGGAUGUGGAUUAUUGCAGUUGGUGCAUGUGUGCAGGAAUGAUAUUCCACCAGAUCAGGGGAGGGCAGAUGUAUCGCAACAAACAGAAAUGCAAGCAAUGUAAUGAAAUGGGUAUACUUUUAUGAACAAUUUUAAAGUCAUUAAUCUGUGCUUGGGCGGUAUUACAGUAAUAUGGUAUCCCAUGGUAUAUUGAAAGCCUCCUUACACAGCUGCUCACCACAACUACUACAACAAUAGCAACUACUCUGCCUCUGCUCUUUCAUUGUUGACCACUCAUCUAUGAUAGUCAGUGCUGCCACCUACUGGAAAUAUGUAGUCAAUUAUAUUGCACAUGGAUGCACGAUUUCUGCUAGACAUCAAAAUCUGGGCUACAUACACACCAACCGCAGCCAAUCUCCUGAUGAUGAAAUUUACAUCACUUCCCCCCCAUGCGCAUCUGAAAAGCACAGGUGGAAGAGUGAAGUAUGAAUUAACCUUUAGACAAGACACUUUACCUUGAACAGGAUAACUGUUUUGGAUGUUUGUUUCUCUGAACUUUGGUGAGUCUUAUUAUAACUUCACAAAAAUGUUAUAUGGAUGAAAAUCUACCCCAACAAAUAUACAUCUUUUACCUAAGACCAGAGCUCGAAUAUUGAAACUACAACAACAAAGACGAAGGUGAAGUGUGAUGCAAAAUAUACAAAAUUGUACAACUUUUAUAAUGUGUUCACCGUACAUUUGAAUGUUUUGUGGCCAACAAAUGGAAAUGGAACAGCAAAUGGAAGCAACAUGUAAAGAGAAGAAGACACAAAUUAACUGCGAAAGAUAUGUGUCAAAUUAAAUGGGAGACUUCCAGAAAUUCUGUAGAAUCAAAUUCUAACAUUUUCCAAAACUACAAUCUGAAUUAAAUUUCCAGAAGAACAA